AUGGAGUGUGAAUCAACAAAUUCUGUCUCGGGGAAAAAUUACCACCCUUUAACGGUGCAAAUUGAAGUAGACGAUGAUGAGCCUAGGUCGCCCAUAUCGCAGACGAUCGCACAAGCACCUCCCAACGCCAAAUCCCCUCUCCUGCAACUUCCGACCGAGCUUCUGCACUAUAUCCUAUCUCAUCUCUCGGCGCUCGAUCUCACCCGUGCCUCGGCCACCUGUCGAUCUUUCGCCGAGCAUGCCGCAAAUGAUCUGUUGUGGGCGGACCUGAUCAAUUCCUAUCUGCCGACCAAGAUCCAUGAUCCGGGGCCUUUCGAUUCUUUCCGCAGCCUUUACGUUGCUCAUCAUCCGUGCUGGUUCAUCCCGCAAAAGAAAAUAUGGUUUUCGGAUACAGCACACACAGGCAAUCUCAUUCUGGCUCGUUACGAUCAUCGCCGAGGGGUCAUUGAGGCAUAUCGGGUUAUCGCAGAGCGGCGAAGCCACCAGUUUCAGGUGUGGGACUGGAAUUCUGAUGUCUUGAUUCAAAGCUUCCACCCCAAAGCGAGACUAUGGCUGGAUGACCCCGUUCUUUUCCUGAAAAAUCCUCGGGGCGAACAGCGAUAUCUGAAUGGUGAAACCCGCAUGCCCAUGGCUCUCGAAACUCAGCAUGUUUUCAAUGCCUUCUCGCUCUGUUCCGCUGAGAACCCGUCGGACCCUGACCCCAACAAACUAUGGCCACCACCUCUCAUCCCCAGUGACCAUCGUACCUGUCGGGAUGUGGAACCCCAUCUGACCGACGGACUAUGUCAUCAUCCUCCAAACAUGGAGUCGAUGUCCGAGCAUGCGUUCCGGAUCAGAAGGUGGGCUCACUUCCGCCCGGGUAUGCCUACCUUCACUGCGAGUCUGAGUGAGACGCUGUCGACCUACGCAACCCUCGACCCACUUCUGUAUACCCCUACUCAUGAGAAACCCUACCAGGGGAUUUGGGUUGGGGACUACUCUGCCCACGGCUGCGAGUUUCUGCUGUUCUUGCAACGGGAUCGAGACGGUAUUCCUAGUGAACCUCCACCCAGCGAUGACGGGAUCAUCCACCAAGGAGGCCUCGAGGCCAUCAAGCUCACCGGGGAUCCAAAUGUUCCGCGCGGGGAGAUCUCCUUUAUUUCAGAUGACAUUGGCGACGGCGGUCUCAUCCGGGUGGCGAAUGAAUCACUCUACCAAGGUGCCAGAGUGGUGCGCAGCAGAGGACAUGUGGCUGGUCUGGGUUUCAGGGAUGGUACGUUUGGCCGUUGA